CUGACAUGUAACACAACUUGAACACAUCUACAUUGGCCUAAACUAUUUAUAUGUGAAACCUAUCAGUUCAGAGUUGCACAUUCCAAACAUGAAGAAAACAAGUAGCUUGAAGCUCUAUCUUGCUAUCAUCUUAAUAAGAACAAUAUAUGCAGGUUUGCAAAUCCUUGGCAAGGCUGCACUUGAUGGAGGUAUGAACACUGCAGUGUUUGUGUUCUAUAGACAAGCACUUGCCAGUGUCAUCAUGUCCCCUGUCGCCUUCUUCGUUGAAUGGAAAAGUGCUCCACCACUUGGAUUCAAGGUCGGCUUCAAGAUUUUCAUUCUUGCAUUGCUUGGAACAACUAUGUCGAUGAAUUUCCAUAUGCGCGCACUUAGCUACACUACACCAACCUUGGCAUCAGCAAUAAUCAACUCCAUUCCUGCAAUGACAUUCAUCUUGUCAGUAAUUCUCAGAGUGGAGUCUCUGAAACCAAGGAAGCUCUCAGGGAUUGCGAAGAUCAUUGGAGUAGUAUUGUCUUUGGCUGGUGUUGUGGUGAUUGCCUUGUAUAUUGGACCAUUUAUAAAAUCUUUAAAUCCACACUACGUCUUUGGUGACAAAAAUCAUGAGAGAAAUGGAGGCCAAGCCAAUCAAAACAAGAAAUUUUGGCUGAUUGGCACCUCCCUAAUGACUAUCACCAACAUAACAUGGGCCCUUUGGCUGGUACUGCAGGGGGCUGUGCUGAAGGAGUACCCAGCGAAGCUCAUGUUUACUGCUCUGCAGUGUAUCUUCAGCACAGUUCAAUCCUUUUUUGUAGCUCUGGCAAUGGAAAGGGACUUUUCUAAAUGGAAAUUGUCAUCGGGGAUGAGCUUCAUCUCUGUUGCUUAUUGUGGAGUUAUAGUUACAGGAGUAUCAUUUUACUUACAGUCAUGGUGCAUCGAGAAGAGGGGCCCGGUUUUCUUAUCAAUGUUCACUCCACUGACAUUGCUAAUCACCAUGGCCUGCUCCUUCCUUUUCCUUGGAGAUGUCAUUAAUUUGGGAAGUAUUUUAGGUGGAGCUCUCAUGGUCACAGGACUCUAUAGUGUUCUCUGGGGCAAGAGCAAGGAGGUGAAAGAAAGCACAAUACCAGUGGCUGCACCAACGGAGAGUCCAUGCUUUGAUGAGACUCAAAUGGUUAAUCGUCAAAAAGAAUAGUUACAUAUGUAUGCUUAUAUGCCUAGCUUACUCCGUAUAUCAAUAUGUAUAAGCUAAAGUAAGCAACGCCAAGCUUGUGACUUACCAGUUAUUAUGCACUAUGAUUGAGAAUGAAGUCCAUGAUGUGUGCAGAUUCAAUAAUGCAUAGCUUACUGAGUACCAGAAAGGCAGAAACCGAAGGAAAACAUUUAACAAAAGAAAAAUAUGGAUAGGGUGAACGCAAUCAAGAGGUUUCAUUGCUUCUCCAUGCUCAAAGCUCUUGUUAUUCAACAGUUUCAGUGUAAUUCAAGAAGAAGAUUGACAUUAUCACCUUCAAAACAUGAAUGAUGGAUUUUCUGCAGAGCGAUUCCAAAACAAGGAUUAUACACGUGUCACAAAGCCAAAAAAUAAAUGCAGCAAAUACAAAUUCCGUAAUAAAUGAUCUCAAGGAGCA